AUAAAAUUCAUCAACAUAUUAUAAAAUUACAUAGUAGAAUCAUAAUUGUGAGAUGACAGUGAAGUUGCUUGGUCUUUGGUAUAGUCCUUUUUGUCACAGAGUUGAAUGGGCUCUAAAGAUUAAGGGUGUAAAAUAUGAAUUUAUAGAAGAAAAUCUACAAAAUAAAAGCCCUCUACUUCUUGAAUCGAACCCUAUUCACAAAAAAAUCCCAGUACUAAUUCACAAUGGAAAGUCCAUUUGUGAAUCAAUGGUGAUUGUUGAAUACAUUGAUGAGACAUUUGAAGGUCCUUCCAUCAUGCCUAAAGACCCUUACGAUCGAGCUCUAGCUCGAUUUUGGGUUAAGUUUUUUGAAGAUAAGGGGUCAGCAGUGGGGACAAGUUUCUUUCAUAAAUCAGACAAAGCUAAGGAGGAAGUUUGUGAGAUGUUGAAAAUUCUUGAUAAUGAACUUAAGGACAAGAAGUUUUUUGUUGGUGAAAAAUUUGGAUUUGCUGAUAUUGCAGCAAAUUUUCUUGGACUUUGGAUGGGAAUUCUUGAGGAAGCAACAGGAAUUAUUUUGGUGACAAAAGAAAAGUACCCAAAUUUUUAUGCUUGGAGAGAUGAAUACAUUAAUGGAAAUAAGGAAUAUUUACCUCCAAGAGAUGAGUUGCUUGCUUUUUUCAAAGCUCGCUUUGAAGCUGCUGCAACACCUCCUUAUUCAAGUUGAUUUCUUAUCACUCAAUUAAUUAUUAUGUGAAUUUAGGAAGAAUUUUCUAGGUUGAAUUUCCGAGAUUUUGUGUGACAAUAAUGAUGUGAAUUUAGGAAGAAUUUUCUAGGUUCAAUUGGAUCCUAUGUAUUUGUUCGAACUAUAUAUAUACGUAUGGAGAAAAAUCAAACGAUUUGCAUAUUGA